GGGGGGCGUGGCCGCCGCCGUGGCCGCGGCAUGGAGGAGCGGCCGCGCCGCCGCUGAGCCGCGCCGCCAUGGCCAAGAGCCGCGGGGGCGGCGGGCCCGGCUCGCCCGGCGGCCGCCACCACAGCCUGGCCGGGACCCGGGAGAGCCUGGCCGAGCCGGGCGGCGACGAGCUCAGCUCCCUCGGAUCCGACUCCGAGGUCAACGGCGGCGGCCCCGAGGAACGGCGCGUCGACAAGUUCGGCUUCAUCGUGGGCAGCCGCAGCGCCGAGGGGCCGCUGGAGGAGGUGCCCUUGGAGGUGCUGCGGCAGCGGGAAUCCAAGUGGCUGGAUAUGCUCAACAACUGGGACAAGUGGAUGGCCAAAAAACACAAGAAGAUCCGGCUGCGGUGCCAGAAGGGGAUCCCACCCUCGCUGCGGGGCCGUGCCUGGCAGUACCUCUCUGGGAGCAAGGUCAAGUUGGAGCAGAAUAUCGGCAAGUUUGACGAACUGGAUCUCCUCCCGGGGGACCCGAAGUGGCUGGAUGUGAUUGAGCGGGAUCUCCAUCGGCAGUUCCCCUUCCACGAGAUGUUCGUCUCACGCGGAGGCCAUGGGCAGCAGGACCUGUUUCGGGUGCUGAAGGCAUACACGCUGUACCGCCCAGAGGAGGGCUACUGCCAAGCUCAGGCCCCCAUCGCCGCCGUCCUGCUCAUGCACAUGCCGGCCGAGCAAGCGUUCUGGUGCCUGGUGCAGAUCUGUGAGAAGUACCUCCCCGGCUACUACAGCGAGAAGCUGGAGGCCAUUCAGCUGGACGGGCAGAUCCUCUUCUCGCUGCUGCACAAGGUCUCGCCUGUGGCCUACAAGCACCUGAGCAAGCAGAAGAUCGAUCCCAUCCUCUACAUGACGGAGUGGUUCAUGUGCGCCUUCUCCCGCACGCUGCCCUGGAGCUCUGUCCUGCGCGUCUGGGACAUGUUCUUCUGUGAAGGCGUGAAGAUCAUCUUCCGCGUGGGCCUCGUGCUGCUCAAACACACCCUGGGCUCCUCGGACAAGCUCAAGUCCUGCCAGGGCCAGUACGAGACCAUGGAGAGGCUGAGGGCCCUCAGCCCCAAGAUCAUGCAGGAGACCUUCCUGGUGCAGGAGGUCAUCGAGCUACCGGUGACGGAGCGUCAGAUCGAGCGGGAGCACCUGAUCCAGCUGAAGAAGUGGCGGGAGACGCACGGGGAGCUGCAGUGCAAGUCCCCCCCGCGCCUGCACGGCGCCAAGGCCAUCAGCGAGGCCGAGCCCCCCACCCACAAGGCGCUGGAGCCCGUCCCCUCCAUCAUCGUCCCCCCCGGCCCCGCUCCCGUGCCCAAGGCCCGCAAGAGCAAGGAGAAGAACCGAGAAAAGGGUCCGGCCGGCCCCGCCAACGGCCCCGGGGCCGAGGGCAACGGGGCGCCCGGCUCGACCCGGGAGCUGCUGCACCCCCAGGUCUCCCCCCACCACCAGUCCAAGGAGAGCCUGAGCUCCCGGGAGAGCGAGGACACGUACUUGUAGGGCUGGCGCGGCGCUGGGUCCGUACCCCGGGCAGCCGGGCUCAGCUGGGCUGCGCACGGACCGGGGCUCAAGGACACUGAUUUUUGGGGGGGGGGUGUGCGGGGACCUGUAGCACCCAGCCUUGGGGGCUCUGGGCUGGAGGGAUGGGGACAAGCUGGCCGGCGUGGCUCCGCGGGGACACCGUGGUCCCCGUGUGCAGGGAUGCCCGCUCGGGGUGGGCUCGAAGCCGAGGGGGGGGGGCAUCUGUGGGAGCUUGGCCAGGUGGGGUGACCAAAGGGUCCGCCUUCAGUCUGCGCCGGGCGCCCACCCCGGCGGGGUGCUGGCACCACGAGCGGUGGGAGCCCUGGCAGGGGGUGGCUGAGCCACCUGAGCUCCCUCCCUGCGGCUGGGGGGGGGGCCGAGCUGCCCCUCGGCCCCUUGUCCCUGUCCCAGAGCCCCUCGACCCGCCACCCCCCCCCAGGGUCCCUCCCAUAGCCCCCCACCCUUCUGCCUGCCCUGCACCGGCCGGGCAGACCCAGACCCAGUUCCCGAGCACUCGCGCCUGGCGCGGGGGGACUGGGGGUACGCGAGGAGUCGGGGGGGACCCCUUGCCCCCCCUCCUCUUUAUCUAGUGAGGAUAUAUCAAACUGUAGCCCUAUAUGUAGUACUGAAUUUACCUACUCACUGAGCCUAUUUAUUAUUCCUCCGUGGCAGUAACCGUGGCAGGACAGGGACCGAGGUUGGGAGCCGCAAGCGGGAUGCGCCGGAGGCAGCAGGAUUUGAUGCCAGACCACAACCAUGAGGCUAAAGCCCCCCCACACCCCGUCCCCGGGCUCCCCGUGGCUCGGGGAGGGGGGAGCGUUCACCCUGCCCCCUCCCCACCACUGCCACCCACCCCGAAGCCCCGGUGGAGGUGAGAUGGGGUGGGUGAGCGGCCGGGUGCUCCCUGGUUGCGGGGUCCCCUCUCUCCCCCGCCCUCCCCAAGGGCCAGGGGCGGCUUUGUAAAAUAAAGCGGGGAAAAAUGGUUUUGUACAAAGGGGUAAAUAAAGCAGGAUUGUGUAAAGG